AUGGACAUAGAGAAGGUCAAUGCCAUGGAUUUUGGAGAAUUUGUGGAUGUGUUUGGGAAUGUCAUUGAGAGAUGUCCUCUGAUUGCAGCUGCAGUCUGGUCCCAGUGUCUGUUCUCUGACUUGGAAGAUUUAGGAAAGCACUUUUUUGCCUUUAUUGAUGCUCUUCCAAGGUUAGGCCAGGAGGGGAUCCUGCGCUGCCACCCAGACCUGGCGGGCCGGGAGCUGCAGCCGGGUGCGCUCACCGCGGAGUCGCAGCGGGAGCAUAGCGGCGCCGGCCUCACCAGCCUGGGCAACCCGGAGCGGCUGCGGCUGGCGGAGCUCAACGAGUAGUACUGCGCGCGCUUCGGCUUCACGUUCGUGCUGGCGGCGCGCCUCAGCAAACGUGCCGCCGUCCCCAGAGAGCUGGCUGCCUGCCAGCCAGAGUCUGAGCUGCGCACUGCCCUGCGCGAAGUGAAAAAGAUCGGCCACCUGCGCCUUGCGGAUCUGACGGCCAGGCUCUGA